AGCAGUAGUAGGACAGCAGUAUUGAAGCAGUAGUGCAGCAGCAGUGAAGGAGGUGAAACUUCAGCGUCCAGCUCUGAACAGGGUUUAUAGGCUUACCUACCCGUUCAGGACGAACAGGAGGUCCCAGAGGUUACCGAGCCGCGCUCUGCCCGGACGUAUAAAGACUAAAGAGUGUAAAGUCACUUCAAAACGGACCAAACGGACUGAAGAGGCCAAACACCUCGGACUCAGAAGGCUAGACAUUGUGGAGGAAACUCUCGCGGCAAUAUGAGUCAAUGGAAACAAAUCCAGCAGUUAGACAUGAAGUUCCUGGAGCAGGUGGACUACUUUUACGAUGACAACUUUCCUAUGGAGCUGAGACAGGUGCUGGCCAACUGGAUUGAGAGCCAGGACUGGGAAACAGCCACAAACCAUGAGGCCAUGGCUACAGUGCUCUUCAACAACUUCCUGAUCCAGCUGGAGAGGCAGUGCACCCAGGAGCAAAACUUUCUCCAUAGACACAACCUGAAGAGAAUAUUCCACCAGAUACAGCUGAGAUACAAAGCCAACCCUCAGCACCUGUCCGCAGUCAUCUCCAACUGUCUGAGGGAGGAGAGACGCAUCAUAUCUGCCGCCAGCAUGCAGGAGCAGGGUCCACUGGAGAAGUCUAUGCAAAACUCAGCAGCUCUGGAGAAGCAGAAGAACCUGGACAAUCGAGUGGCUGUGAUCCGCAGCAGUGUGCAGCUUCUGGAUCAGGCAGUGAAGCAUUUGGAGGAUAUGCAGGAUGAUUUCGACUUUCGCUACAAAACCCUCCAGCUUCGAGAUCCAGUGGAGAGGAACUCUCAGAACAUGAAACAAGAAGUCAUGGCCCUUCAGGAAAUACUCAACCGUCUGGACUACAAAAGGAAGGAGAUUUUGUCCAAGAUGGCAGAUGUGAUAAAGGAGAUAGAUGCACUGGUUGCCUCACAGCUGAUGCCUGAGCUGCAGGAGUGGAAGCGCAGACAGCAGAUCGCGUGCAUCGGAGGCCCUGUGCUCACCGGCCUCGACCAGCUACAGAACUGGUUUACCAUGACUGCCCAGAGUUUGUUCCAGAUCAAACGACAGCUAGACAAACUGGACGAGCUCAUCGUCAAGGUGACCUACGAGAGUGACCCCAUCCCUCUGCAGAGACCCCAGAUGGAGGAACAGGUCAAAUAUCUCAUAUACCAUCUCAUCAAGAGCUCCUUUGUGGUGGAGAAGCAGCCGUGCAUGCCAACACAUCCACAGAAACCUCUUAUCAUUAAGACCCAAGUGCAGUUCACCACCAAAGUCAGAUUGUUGGUUAAGCUACCUGAAGUGGACUAUCAGCUGAAAGUGAAGACGACAUUUGACAAGGACCUCCCAAGCGGCAAAGUUACCAGACAAUUCUUCAUCCCCACCAACAACACCAAAGUGAUGGACGUGGAAGAGUCUUCAAAUGGAUGUCUAUCAGUGGAGUUCAGACAUCUGCAGCUGAAAGAGAAGAAAUGCAUGAGUGGAGCCAAAGGAAAUGAGGGUCCGCUAACAGUGACUGAGGAGCUGCACUCCCUCAGCUUUGAGGCCAUGUUGUGCUUGCAGGGCUUGGACAUUGACCUAGAGACCUGCUCCCUGCCAUUGGUGGUUAUCUCCAAUGUCAGCCAGCUUCCAGCAGGCUGGGCUUCAGUCAUGUGGUACAACCUGCUGACAGAUGAGCCGAAGAACCUGGCGUUCUUCAGUAACCCGCCGAGGGCCAGCUGGAGCCAGCUGUCUGAGGUGCUGAGCUGGCAGUUCUCCAGCUUCGCCGGACGAGGCCUCAACAAAGAGCAGCUGAGCAUGCUGGGAGAUAAACUUCUGGGUCAACACGCCUCUUACAACGACUGCCAGGUGUCUUGGUCUAAAUUCUGCAAGGAAAACAUUCCAGGGAAAUCUUUCAGUUUCUGGCUGUGGCUGGACUCCAUUCUGGAGCUCAUUAAGAAACACUUGCUUCCUGUUUGGAUUGAUGGCUACAUCAUGGGUUUUGUAAGUAAGGAGAUGGAGCGAGCUCUGCUGAAGGACAGGGAGCCUGGCACCUUUCUGCUGCGCUUCAGUGAAAGUCACCUGGGAGGAAUCACGUUCACCUGGGUGGAGCAGGAAAACGGGGAGGCAAAGUUCAUCUCUGUGGAACCGUACACCAAAAACCGCCUCAGCGCUCUUCCUAUUGCGGAUAUAAUACGGGACUAUAAAGUUAUCGCUGAUGGUAUCGUCCCUGAGAACCCUCUUAAAUUCCUCUACCCUGACAUCCCCAAGGAUGAAGCAUUUGGGAAACAUUAUAACAGUCAGCCAAACCGAGUUUGUCCAUACAUACCAACAAUUUUGAUUCCCAUCUCACUGAAAAUUGCUGAAAUACAAGGGACAGCUAAGGUUCAGCAAUGGAUGUUCAAUAAUACCAUAAUGAAUCCAGCUGAUGCCUCAAGAGAAAUGAAAGCUGAUGACUUUGUAACAAGUUGUAAAUGGAUAACGGGACCAGAGUUCUCAGAGGAAUGGCCUGGAUUUGAUUCAAGCCCCCAGCACGACUCCUCCACCCUGCUCUUCUCCGGAGCCACCCUUGUCCCCGGAGAUGUCCCACAUGCUCAGUGAGCACAUCAGUGCCUAUGAGAUUGAGAGUGUUAUGAGUUCACUGUAGACGUUCCUGAAGGCCGACCUCCUCUCGUCAAACAUUUGCCUUGGUUCCAAGAAGUCAGUGUUCUUGCUGAUUGCUUACAGAAAUACUGAGGCAUGAGAGCGAGGGUGUCUCAGUCUGUGACCGUGUAGGCAUAUUCACGUGUGUGUGUUCACGUGUGUAGUCAACAUGCAUGAUAGCUUCUCUUUGCCGAGUCAUCUCAUUCCAAAUGAACCUCCUACGCAUACAUCGAUGCUGUUAACUGUCUACUGUAUAUAUGAAGCGUUCUGACUUUUACUUCAGCACUAAAACAGAAAACAUUAACACAAAACCGACAUCCUGAUAUAGACUCCACUCUUACCUUUAUUACUACUAUACUAUAAGACAAACAUGGCAGGCUGUGAAAUUCCAAGUGUACUUACUCAGUGACCAAACAGGUUUUGUAUUGUUGACAUUUUAAUGCACCUGUUCUCUUACACUUUCCUCCAGAAUGAACAAAACUGUGUUGUACUGAAUUUUCUGAUUUCCAGUUUUAUUCUCCAAUUCAGUGUGCUUUACCUGCUUAUUCAUUAUGUAAUGCAUUUGCCUGUUGAGUUCCAUAUGUUGUUUUAUAUGACCUUUCAAGAAUAAUAAAGAGUUUCCUUUUUCUGAAA